AUGCAGUCUUUAGGCGCGUUGGUGUCUUUUCGUUUCUUGAAUAGGGCGACGAUGUGUCCGCCAUGUGCUUUUGUUGCCACUAGUCGGUUGUUGCAUGUGCAGGAGAUUCUUCCGGCUGAUAUUUCUCUCAUUGAGGCAGUGGGGGAGGCUCAUGCGUCGUAUGGCAAUGCCUCUGAUGGGGGUGGGGCCUUUGACGGCAGUCGUGAGCUGCCGCAGCAUUUCUUGGACGCAAAGCAGCUGGACACGUUUUCUCGGGCACGUGUGGUGAACUUUAUCAAACGCUUCUCGCAGGGAAAAGUGACCGGCAGCAAUGAGGUAUUUCAGGGGCAGGAGGUGAAGCGCCAUGACGGCUCCAUCUUGUAUCAUUGUCGAGUGCGACUUCCUUUUCAGAGUCACAACGGUGAGGUGUGGGCGCAUGGGGUGUCGUGCAGUGGCAAGGAUGCGGAGAUGCUUGCCGCGAUGCAUGCUGAGUACAUUAUUGAUGAGUUUGGUUAUCAUAUCUAUACACUUCCCUCAAUGCAACGCAAGCAUGCCGAGGCGGCACGUAAAGUCGGACGAUGGGCCCCCAUGCCAGAUGACGGUGACAGGGCUCAAACACAUGUUCGUAUUCCGCUUCCUCUUCGCCGUAUCAUUGAUCGUGAUGAAACAGAGGGUGGAAAAUGGCUGUUGAUUGAGCUGCGGCCAAACCACUACAUUUCACCGCACCACACGCUGCUCUCGCCAUGCCUUUUUGACACGGCCGCCGUUCUUCGCAUUAAGUCCCUUUUUGCAGAGCAUGACCUCUCGUUCACUCAGCUCUGUACUUCAGAAGCUGAGAAGGGAAGUGAUAAAAAUGGACAAAUAUAUUACAUUGCCACACUUAUUUUGCCUAUGGAGCUGACGACGUUUAGUGAGAUCAAAGCCCAAGGAAAAGCCUUGAGUCGUGAGUCGGCCGUGACACUCGCCUGUAUGCAUGCAGAGUUGCUUCUGGACGCACACUCAAUCGCUCUUUUCCCAUCGGAUGCUGUAAAGCAAAAACAACAUGCUCUUACUGCAUGGAGUUUUGGACGCCCUGCUCCAAUUCCAGGGGAAGAUCACAAAAAUCCAUUACACGUGGUGUCUCCAUUGCCUCUUAAAGAGCUUGCAGUGAAGCGUGAGGAUCGCGUCUCAUACAUGAGUUACGAAGAGGACCUUGUGAGACGGCACCGUGCCCUUACCGAGCAGACAUGUGAAUUCACCGAGACCCCCGUCCUGGAUGAGAAGGCGGUGGAGCUACUUAAGGGAUUUCUAAAAAGAGAGAAGGUUCCCAGAACAGAUCCUUUUUUUAUCGAAGAGGUGCAGGGAUUUGUGAAGGCCACCGUAGUGCUUCCAGUACCUAACGUAUUUGGUAUUCGUGGAGGAGUGGGUAUCGCCAUGAACGCGGCGGAUGCGGUUAUACUUGCCUCCAUGCAUGCCAUUGAUGUGGCCAACUUGCUUGGGGUUCACAUCACCGCUGAAGGAACCACUCGAAGUGAAUGGAUCAGGAAACGUAACUCCCGCGGUGAGUCUACCCCGGCAGAAGCGCAGGAUCCAAGUUUAGUAAGCCCUCCAGGAAGGCGAAAAAUUGGCACGCAGAGCAGCUCAAAUGCUGUUGACAAUGAUAUGAACACCGUCAGCGGUAGCGGGAUCGUUGGGCCAACAGAUUCUGCAUUGCUGCAGGCUCCAAAACGUCGACUCCCAAAAAGGGCAAAACUCGUCAUGGCUUCGGAAGAGGGGGAGACAACAGCGUCGCAGGCCGCUUCAGAAAUUGAUUACCUCAAGGCACGAGAGAGUGUUUCUAAGGAGUUGUGGGGACUUGAACCUGAUAGCCCUGAUGGUUACAUUAUGGUAUCUCCUAAAGAUCCCGAACUGCGCACACAGUAUGAACACGCGCUGUAUUCCCCUCGUCAGAUCGACUCCUGUGCGAAAGUGCGUAUAAAGGGUUAUCUUGCUUCCAUGUGUAGACGUGCAGAAGAGGUGUUCUUUGUACAACGUAUUGAAGCCGAAGACAAUGGUGGUCAGGCCAUCUGUCGUUGUGCUUUAAAUUUACCUGUGCCGCGUCGUUUCGGGGAUCGCAUAGCUCUUGGUGAAGCCGUAGAUCCAAAGGACGCGGAAAAUCUUGCUGCAAUGCACGCGGAACUUAUUCUGGACACAUUGGGUAUUCCUCUUUACACGGAUGAGACACUACAGCGUCGACAUGCGGAGUUGUGCCUUAAAAAUGGCCGCUAUGCGCCUGUUAGUGCGUCAAGUGACAUUUCACCCUCCACUGCAUCUCCGCCACCUCUUCGACGGGAAGUAAUUGGUUCGAUUCAUUGGGAAAAUAAAAUCAAAAAACAUGCCCCCAUCGUGAUUUCCAGGGCAAAUACGAAAAAAACUCCAGUAGGUGUCCUUCAAGACGAAUCGGAUCCGGUAGUCACUCCGAAAGAAGCUCAGGCUUAUGAAUUUGUGGCUGAAAAGGACUUGGAUCUUGUGAGCCGUCCGCGGGUGCAGUACUACCUGCGUCGAAACGGUAAGCCGAAGCUGGAAGCAGAAUUCCGUAUGGAACUUCGUGGGCUGGGCAAUGUGUUGCAUGUUGCAGAGUUUAUGAUUCCGGUUCCUGCCAGCUUCGGUGAACGAAUUGCACAUGGCUCCGCAUUAACAAAGCGAGAUGCAGAGAUACUUUGUUGGAUGCAUGCUGAGCGUAUCAUUGAUGCGUUGGGGCUUUGUCUCUUUGACAACCUUCCCGGGCUUCAAAAGAGACACGCUGAACGCGUCAAGCGCCUUGGACGGUGGGCACCGCUUGUUGGUGAAAGUGCUGCCAUGCCACCCGAUACACCCUCACCACUUCCUUUGACACUUGGAACAGCCCCAGAAAAGCCACCCUACCCCAACCCUCCUUCAAACAUAGUCCAGGAGUGGGAUAAGUAUGUUGGGGAGUGUCGUCGAUAUAUUGAGGUAAACUCAAUGCGGGAAGAAAACAUAUUUUAUGAGAUGGAAAAAAUUCCACGCACAGGAGAUCCAUUGUAUGACGCCACAGCGGAAGAAGUAGAGUCCGCCACUGUUGACGUCGAAGCAAAGAAUGCACUGCAACGCUACUGUACCGCCGCCAAUGUGGUAUACCCCGUCUUUUGGAAGUCACGCACAGUGGGCCCAGUUUCACGUCGUGUGUGUCUUACCACCAUAGAGGUUCCCGGGCAUGAGUAUAUUACCGCUAGUGGUGUAGCUGCUAACAAAGAUACAUCACAACGUCGUGCGGCAAUGCAUGCUUUGGCUCUGUUGCGGCGCAUAGAACCUGACUUUUAUGAGAUUGAAAAAGAAGUCAAAUCUGAGACGGAGGAAAGGAUUGCUUUUAUUGAUCCUGUUUCAUUGCUCGAGGAUGAUGGAGCACCAGCGCGACGCCCAGCCAAACCCAACAAGAAGAGGUUCGGCAGUUGGGAUCCUGUUGCCAAGGACUUUUCCCACGAGGGUAAGGUGCGUAUUAUUGAACUUUUCACGGUGUGUUUUGGUUUGCAUCCCCCGAUAGUGCGUCAUUUGAACCGUCGAGAAGGUACUCUUGUGCAUCACACCACCACUGUUGAGGUAACCGACGAGGAUGAUAAAUUGUGGGUUGGUGAGGGGCAUGAUGCGGGGCCUCGUUUUAAUGAGGUUGCGGCGUACGAAGAUCUUUUCUCACGGCUGUCACGCGGUGUUCCUGGGUUUCAGGCGCUGAUGGACCUUAUACGCAACCACUGUUACUUAGACCCUGAACACAUUGUCAAUGUUUCACUCUCCGAGGCACAGAAGGAGCGCAUCCAUCGCGUCCUCGAUGACAUUCCUGAUGUUGAGGAAGGGGAGGAGGUGGUUAAACCGCAAGAGUGGGGGGAAUUCAAAGGUGAGGCAGUUGGCUUAUUGUCUCGGGUUGCCAUGGAAGCAUCAGAGCAGGCGCAAGAAUCGCAGAAUCUCCGCGACAAAUUACACGAAAAGCUGACGAAUGAGGAGUAUCUGUCCAAGUACGCCACACAAAGACAAGGGCUCAGUAUACAUGGCAAACGAGAAGAAAUUUUGAAUGCCAUGGACUCCAGUCAAAUUGUCAUUGUGUGUGGUACAACAGGGUGCGGUAAGACAACGCAGGUGCCACAAUACAUUUUGGAUCAUAUGACGGAAAAAGGCGAGGGUGGAAACUGUUCAAUUGUCAUUACGCAACCUCGACGUCUCAGUGCCGUUUCCAUUGCGCAACGCGUGGCUGCGGAGAGACUAGAGAGCAUUGGUGAAACAUGUGGCUACUCAAUUCGAUUGGACAGUAAACCGGGGCGCAACAUUAAUUUUUGUACCUCUGGUAUUCUUCUUCGCAUUUUACAUAACACCCCCUCUUUGAAUGGAAUUAAUUACCUCAUUAUUGAUGAAAUUCACGAGAGGGAUAUUAACUCUGACUUUUUAUUAAUUCUCUUACGACAACUCCUACGACGUCGAAAAGAUCUGCACGUUGUCUUGAUGAGUGCGACAUUGCAGGCGGAACAGUUUGGAAAAUACUUUGAUGGGGCACCUAUCAUCAAUGUGGAGGGUUACGUGCAUCCCGUGAAGGAACUUUACGUGGAGGAUUUGGUGCCUAUUGCGGCGGAGCAAAAAGUGAUGCCACCUUUGUUGAAGGAGGUGGCAGCAUCCCUUGAGCGGGAAGGAGAUUUUUCAACAAGCGUGGACUUUGCUGCUGCGCUUCCAACGACACUGCCUGUCAACGCCAAGUAUGGCUUUAUGGAGUCCACUGCAGAAAUUGAUUAUGUGACAAUCCAGUUUGCCAUCGAUUAUGCGGUGCGAACUUUGGAUGUGACAAACUCCUCCGUUUUGGUUUUUUUGCCCGGAUGGGAUGAAAUCUACAAGGCGUAUGAGAUACUUGAACGUAACACAAAGUUUCAUAUUAUUUGCUUGCAUUCUUCUGUUGGAACCGAGGAGCAAAUGCGGUGUUUUUUGCCGGCGCCAGAGGGAAAAGUGAAGUUGAUUCUCUCCACAAACAUUGCCGAAAGUGGUGUGACCAUUGACGAUGUCGCUGUGGUGAUUGAUGUUGGGCGUGCAAAGGAGAAGUCAUACGUGAUGCAGAAAGGAACCACCUCCGUUGGCUCCAAUGAAAUGGGAUCGAUUUCGCAACUUGUCACAGUGUACGCAAGUCGAGCAAACUGCGUACAACGACGCGGCCGCGCCGGGCGCACCAGGCCUGGUAUCUGUAUUCGACUCUACUCCAAGAAACACUUUCAAACGGUGCACGACUUUCAAACCCCUGAAAUGCUUCGAACCCCAUUGGAUGCUUUGUGUCUGCAGAUUCUUGCCCUUGACUUAGGGGACCCAGCUGACUUUCUGCAACAGGCUAUUGAGCCACCAUCAUCGGAGCACAUUGAGAUGGCGAUGAUGCGUCUUCAGGAGCUUGGGGCGACGACUUCCAGACGUCAACUGACACCACUUGGGCUUCGCCUCUCGCGACUUCCUGUAGCACCUAAAGUAGGGAAAAUGGUUAUCAUGGGGGCCAUCCUAAAGUGUUUGGACUCUGCCUUAACGAUUGCAGCUGUGACCGACACGGAUGUCUUCAACAGUGCUCGUGAGCAUCGAGAAGCCGUGCGACUACACAAGGAGGACCUUUCCUUGAAUACCCAAUCUGACGUGAUUGCAUCGGUGAAUGCGUUUAAUUUUUGGGUUGUGGCACAUCAUGAAAAGACACCUGCUGAAGUUGUGUAUGAUCUGCACGAACGAAUGUUGAGUGUGCCCCAACUACUCACCGUAUCUAAGUACAAACGUCAAUUCUUUGAUAUUGUCAUGAAUAGUGGAUUUUUGGGGAAUAGAAUUGAGUCUCAGCGAGGAAACGAUUGUACCCGAGCCGAUAUCUUUGUUGACCGGUCCGAGUGGUCAGCCGAUGCCCUCAACGUGGGAUUGGUAAAAUGUGUGGUGGCCUCUGGCUUGUUCCCAAAUGUCGUUAUGAAUAGAGGCAAACGAUUAAUGCGAAAUAAACUUGUCAAUCGUGUGGCGCCAUCUUCAGCAUCGGUGGUACAUCGCACCUCUCAAGAAGAUAUUACGCAACCGUUUUUUGUAUAUGAUGAACUUGUGAAAUUAUCGGAGUCUGAGCGCCUGAAUGUGCGUGGCCUCACAAAUGUUCCAUUGUGGACUAUUCUCAUCAUGGGCACCAGCAGCAUGCCUGUCACCUACCGUGACGACCUAAAUCUGGCUGUUGUUGACGAGUGGAUCAUGUUCCGUGCAACCUUUGGGACGCUGGAGCUUAUUCGAAAGUUUAAACGUGCGUUGAACUUUUGCCUUGGCCGCAAGUUUCUGGACCCAAACGACGAGAAGAACAACGAAAAACUGGAGGAAAUGCGAUGCAUUAUUAAAGAACUUGUAAGCACGCCAUUUAAGCCAAACAAUUUGUCGGAGAAAGUUUGGGAAGAGAGGGGCAUAAUCAUCGAGCCACGCACACAGCCAAAGAGGAAGGGGUCGUCAUCACCAGGUGGAACAUCAGCAUCAGAAGAAGCAACAAGCACAACAACAAAUAGAAAUGGAGCCAAAGCCACUUUAUAA